AUGAACGUUGAUAUAUAAAAAGGAAGAGAAAGAUCUGUUCGAAGAAACGGCUUAAUUAAUGGUCUUAAUCCAUACCAAGCUGUAAGUUGGAUUUAUACUCUGAUUGAUAUUAUUAUUGCUUACAUGUUUUCAUUUUCUUAUGAAUAACCUGGAAUUCAUGUAAUUUUUUUAUUUUAUUAUUUAGGAACUUUUGCUCAUUAUAUUAACUAUUAUUGUUACUACUAUAAUUUUUAGUUGUCUUAAAGCUACACUCAUUGAUCCAAUAGACCCUAUUGUCAAAUAAGAAUAAGUAUAUAAAUAAUAAGGGUAAAAAUAUUUAUAAUGCUUAAGUAAAGAAUUUAAAACAGAUAUUAAAUCAUAUUGUCUUGUUUGUUAAGCACAUGUCUAAGAUAAAACUAAACAUUGUUGGAGUUGUAAUAAGUAAAUUAAAAUUUCUAAUAGGUGUGUAUCACUUUUUGACCAUCAUUGUAUUUGGCUUAAUAACUGUGUUGGAGAUUAGAACUAUUCAUACUUCUUUAUUUUAGUUAUAUCCUUAGUGACAUUCAAAAUAUUUAAAUUAGCUUUGGAUAUUAAUUUAUUAUUCUAAGAAUAUGAUUUAUAAAUACUAGUUUAUAUUUGUAUAGCAAUUGAUCCUCCUGUUUUAGUAGUCUUAAUAUACUUAUUGUCUAUGCAUUUAUAUUUCAAGUUUAUCUUAUAUUUUAUAUUUUUAGUUAUAAACACAUAACAACGUAUGAACAUAUAAAAUCAAAAUAAGAUAAAAAAUAAUAAAUUGCAUAAUUAUAACAUCCAUAAUAAAAAUCAAAUCAAAAUGAAAGUGGAACUGGAUAUGGAUAACUAUUAUCAACUUCAAAAAGAUUUGAUUUAAAAUCAUAAUUAUCUUUAAAAACUGCAGAUUCUAAAUCAAACAAAUAGAACUAUUUUUCAAAUAAAUAGGAAGAUGAUAAAAAGAAUCCAUAAUCAUCUCCAUCUUAACCUUAAUUCACAUAGAUUCCUAGUUUAUUUACGUCAAAACCAACAACUCCAGGAAAUGAUUAAGAUAAAAAAUAUCGUAUACAAUAAUAAAACUAAUAAUCUUAAGCAAAAGAUUUAGAUGAAAUAAAGGAUAAAUAAAUUUAUAAUUAAGUAAUUGUUGAAGAUUCUGAACCUCAAAUGAAUGAAAGUUCUGAUGAAGAUUAAAAUGAUAAUUUUCACAAAAAUAAACAUCAUUGCCCAAAAAAUAGCAAUGUUUCUCAAUUAGGUUAAAUAGUAAAUCAAUCAAUGUCCGUAGAAAUUGAUGAAUAAAUUAUAAAAGAGAAUAAAGAAGAAAUAAAAAAAGAAAUAGAAAUUGAUAAUAAAUCUUUAGAUCAAGAUCUAGAUAAUGUUUCGAAUUAAUAAUCAUUACAUGCAUAAUAGCCUCCACCUCCUUAAAAUUGUUAUACAUUUCAAAUGGAUUUAAAUUCUGAAUAAUAGAAGGUUAUUAUAUCCCCAUCUAGUAAGAGAAAUAGUUAACAUUUAAUCGCUGAUAAUUGUACUGAAUGA